AUGGAGGCACAAUAUGACUACGACAAUCUCAUGAGCUACAUGAUGAUUCCUCGCAAGGAGGAGCCUUUGCCGCUUUUCCCACCGAGGAAAAUGUAUAAUCGCCCUGCCUCCCAGGCAACAGAAAUUUUCGAAGAUGAAGAUUGCUUCGACGAGUCUCCCAUGCAGAGCGUGGCCUCAUUCGGAACUGGCACUCUAUCUUCUGCCUCUACAUCAGACCACGUAGUCACUCCAGAGUCCACAGGCUUGACCGCAUUCGACUUUCACAUUGAUGACAAGCACGUGCGAGGCCCAUCUGGCCCGCAUCUUUUCAGGGACUCGAUGGCCUCAGAUCACAAGUCGGCGUUGGAAGUAAACCUUUUUCUCCAAGAGGAACCUGCCCGUACAACUGCGAGCUUCCACCACCGCGUCUCUGUGGCUGAUUCCAGUCGCAAAGAUACGCCAGUGCCUAAUUUGCUCACGGAAUAUCCUGAGACAGAGUACAAUACUGCCACUGUCAACCGGGCAUCCACAACCUCCAAUGACACAGUCUCAGAUUGGUCGCCCCAGGACGUUGUCACUUGGUUGCGCAGUGUUGGAUUUGAAGAGGACGUCAUUCAAAAGUUCUACUGGAAUGAUAUCUCUGGAUCAAUUUUGCUGGAGCUUCAGGCCGAGGAUCUCAAAGAGCUCGAAAUCACUUCUUUUGGAAAACGUCGCCGCCUCAUGUCCUCUAUCCAAACCCUCCGAGACAAUGUUGCGCUGAGCGCCAGCUCUGGAACCUCUCUGAUGUCAUCAAGCAUCUCAAGCACUCAGCCAUCCACGGCUCGCACUUCAACCAAUCUAUCUAGUAGUGUUCACCAGCAGUGCUACACUACCGACAGAGAUAGCUCGAGUGGCAGUCUAACCGGCAGACAUCAACGUGGCAUCUUGGAUGCCGACCUCAAGCCCGGAGAUUCUGUGUCUAUCGUUGCGAUCGAGCAACUCCUACCAAAAGCGCACAAAUGCUCGAAGGGUGAAGGAUGCCGUAAGUGGCAAAAGCAGCAAGCCAAGUUGGCCCGACUAGCACAUGACUUACCCAUUGACUCCCUUGGUGGUCGUGCCAUUGUUGCUGGGGAUCCUGGUAAUCCCAAGACAGCACCCAAUCUUCUCAAAUCUCCCAGGUCUGAGAUCACACCUUCCUUGGCAGCUUCAUCCGAUGCUAUGGGCUACAAUCAUUCCUCGGCAUACAAGUUGUCACAGGAAAAAUUGAAAGCCGUACAACCUCGAGACCCCCAAGAAAAUGUGCGAAACUAUUUGAACUUUCAAAGCCUUGACAAGCUGCAGACCGUCAACGCGCCCCCAAGUCCACCAAGGGAUUUCAUGUCGCCUCCGGCUUGUGAAUCCCCGGAUUCGGCGAAGGUCACGCCUACUCUCGCAGAAAAUCUCCGUCACCUUCCAAGGUUACAGAUACCAAGCCUUCACAAAUCUGACGUUUCUUCGUAUACCGGUGGACUUUCUGCGCAGAGAACAGUCACCCCCUCUAUUUUAUCGCGCAGGGAUCAGUUCACCUCCGAUGAUAUGACUGCCAUUCCUCACAGUCGAAAUGGGCCGGCACACGGUGCGACCAUGUCUCCGGGCGACCUCUACAGAUUGGAUCCUUGCUAUAGACAAGAUACACCCAUGUCUGAUACUGACGCGCCCGUAACUGCGUUGCCCAUUGGGCCAGUGGCACGAGAAGAUUCCCAAUCUGUGCCGCCCAAUAUGAGAUUUGGAAACGAAGGAUUUCGCAUGAUUGAACCUCUCGCGCGCUCAUCGUCAAGUAUGGGUAAUCACCAUACACGUAGACCUUCAGCGCAACUAGUUGUGCCGCUCCGCGCACUGCCGGAGGGCCGAGCGUUGAGACCUAUUGAGACGCCUGAGGAUUUACAACGCACGCCGCGAGCCCCCAGCUGCCGAAAGAAUAGCCAGACGUCCGUUGGUUUGCGGGACCACGAAGCAGUGACCCAUUGCGGGUGGAUGAAAAAACGCAAGACAACUCGGCUACUACGACAUGAGUGGCAAGACCACCACUUCACUCUGAAAGGAACUCAGCUGGCAAUGCAUGAUGACGAAGAGUCUGCCCAUCGAAACUCCAAGGCUUUGCAGUACAUCGACGUUGAUGACUAUGCUGUUGCCUGUUCAUCUCUUGCUUCUAGCUCCAAACUGAGUGCGGCCUUCAAGAAGACUGUCCUGAAGCGCCGGGAUAACGCGGAAGACAACUCGGCCUUUGCGUUUUCCUUAAUUCCUGCACCAAACAAUGGCGGCGGGCUCAUCGACCGCAAGGCCAUGUUGCUGAACGGUGGCAAAUCCCAUCACUUUGCAGUCAACACGCGGGACGAACGAAUUGAAUGGAUGCGGGAGGUUAUGCUGGCCAAAACCACCAAGCGCGCCCUUCAAGGUGGGAACACCAUCAACAUCAAUGGAAAUAAUAUGAUUUGA